GACACCGGAGCGCUCCGGUCUGUCAUUUUCCCAAUGUUUGCUGUCAUUUUUACGUCAAAACUGUCAUUCAUUGCACACACACACACACACAGCUCGCUAUUUUCACCCGUUUUCUCUACAAAAAUGUAAGAGUGACACGUCCCCGGCCCCUUUUGUGCAAAAAUGCGUUUUGGCACACAAUGUCACACGCAAUUGACAAUCCUAACCUCAAAAGAACGUUAGUGCCCCCUUGACCAUGAUGGAAUAUGAAUACACGUCGUUUCGCAAAGAAAUUGACUUUCAUAAUCGAUGUUGUGGCGGAAUGCUAUGGUGCAUCCGCGAUAUCUGUGGUAUAAUUUGUGCAAUUUUAACGUGGCUACUUAUUUUGUAUGCGGAGUUCGUCGUGAUGUCUGUCAUACUCAUUCCAAGCCCGUAUCCUUUUUAUAGUGUCGUCAAUGUCGUUAUUUUUCAAUUUUGCGCCUUUUUGGCGUUUUCGUCGCAUCUGAAGACCAUGUUCACAGACCCGGGUGCAGUGCCAAAAGGAAACGCCACGAAGGAGAUGAUCAAGCAGAUGGGGUACAGGGAGGGACAGGUGAUAUUUAAGUGCCCAAAAUGUUGCAGUAUUAAGCCCGACAGGGCCCACCACUGCUCAGUGUGUCAACGUUGUAUAAGAAAAAUGGACCAUCAUUGUCCAUGGGUCAAUAAUUGCGUUGGUGAGAACAAUCAAAAAUAUUUUGUAUUAUUUACAUUUUAUAUCGCCGUACUUUCGCUACAUUCUCUCUUCUUAGCAAUCAACCAAUUUCUGAUGUGCAUCAGACACGAGUGGAAAGAAUGUACAACUUAUUCGCCUCCAGCAACUGUCGUUUUGUUGCUAUUCUUAAUUUUUGAAGCUCUACUUUUUGCUAUUUUCACAGCUGUUAUGCUGGGUACCCAAGUACAAGCAAUAUGGAACGACGAGACUGGAAUUGAACAGUUGAAAAAGGAGCAAGCUAGAUGGGUUAAAAAAUCCAGAUGGAAAAGUAUCCAAGCCGUUUUUGGCAGGUUCUCCAUUCUCUGGCUGUCACCCUUUGCCAAACCUGCCCCAAAAUACAAAAACGAACUCGAUCUUUAUUCGGUUUAAACAUUUAUUGACUGAUUUUCUAAAAAAACUUAAAACGGUACUUUAACUUGUCACCGGAAAUUAUUUAUAUUUGGUGUUUUCCAUGCACUCCCCUGUAUUUAAUAAAAACCUAAACCAGU